GCGUCGUGACGUCACCAAACCCAACAGGAAGUCUUCUGCAGCCGAGGCGACAACAUGGCAGAAUACACAGACGCACACGGUGAUGGAACUGCUGAACGGAUGCCUGAGCUGUCUGAUGAAGAAGAUAUGGAUGAUGAAGAGCAGUGGCAGUGGACGGAGGAGGACAGUCAACCAGUUACCUGUCUGUUCUGUGACAGGUUGUUGAACUGUGUACCUGCCGUCCUGCAGCACUGCACAGCUGAGCACCAGCUGGACCUCGUAAACGUAGUGAGAAAACACCGUUUAGAUGACUAUGGUUAUAUAAAAAUGAUCAACUUCAUCAGAUCAACAAGAUGCAGCCCGUCCUGCCUGAUGGGGCUGCCUGAUGGCCCUUUACCCUGGGAGGGUGAAAAGUUCCUGCGACCGGUGCUGCAGGAUGACCCACUGCUGCAAACAGACCCGGAGGAGCUCUGCAGCAGGGAUGACCCGUGUUCAUCCACCCGCUCGUCGUCCACGCCGGAGUCUCGUGACGCUCUGCUGCGGCGGGCGCAGACUGCUGAGGAGAGAGCUCGAUCUUCAGAGGAGGCACUGGCCCGAGCCAUGGAGGAUCUACACAAACUCAAGCUCCUGGCUCAGGGUUUGGUGCUGAACGCAGACACCAGUAAGUCUGGGAACCUGGGCCCAGUGGCCGAGCUCCGGGAGGACGAAGACGAGGCCUACUUCAGCUCCUACGGCCAUCACGGCAUCCACGAGGAGAUGCUGAAGGAUAAAGUGCGGACCGAGAGUUACCGGGACUUCAUGUACAGCAACCCUGAGGUGUUCAGGGACAAGGUGGUUCUGGAUGUAGGUUGUGGAACGGGCAUACUGUCUAUGUUUGCUGCCAAAGCUGGGGCCAAAAAGGUUAUUGCAGUGGACCAGUCAGAAAUCAUCUAUCAGGCAAUGGAUAUAGUAAGAUCCAAUCAUCUGGAGGAUAUUGUCACUUUGAUCAAAGGCCGUAUUGAGGACAUUAAGCUCCCAGUGGAGAAAGUUGACAUCAUCAUCUCAGAAUGGAUGGGUUACUUCUUGCUUUUUGAAUCCAUGUUGGACUCUGUUCUGCAUGCCAAAGACCUUUAUUUGGUUGAUGGUGGUUCAGUGUACCCAGACCUUUGUAAUAUUAGCCUGGUAGCUGUGGGAGAUGCACAGAAGCACCAAGAACGCAUUGCAUUCUGGGAUGAUGUGUAUGGCUUCAACAUGGCGUGCAUGAAGAAGGCUGUGGUUCCUGAGGCAGUAGUGGAAGUGGUGAACAAAGACACACUUAUUUCUGAACCUACAGUCAUACAGACAUUUGACUGUAACACGGUGUGCCUGUCAGAACUGGAGUUUACAACAGAUUUCUGCUUGAAGAUGAUUGCCACUACAGACUGCACGGCAAUUGUCGGCUACUUUGACAUUUUCUUCGACAAAGGCUGCAGCAACAAGGUGAAGUUCUCCACAGGUCCUCAGGUCACAAAGACGCACUGGAAACAAACUGUUUUUCUUCUAGAAAAGCCUUUGUUUGUUCAAGCAGGAGAAGAGCUCCGAGGAAGAAUCACAGUGCGGAAAAACAAAAAGGACCCACGCUCGCUGGUUGUCACCCUUGACCUCGGAGACAGGAAACAAACAUAUUGCCUGCAGUGAUGUCAGCAAUGACAUGACACAUGCAACAAUGCAACAGCCAUCUUUUUUUUUUUUACUGUUCUAAAAUGUGAAGGCAGGACAGAAUAAAGAU